GAAACUGAGAAGAUGGUCAGUAGGGAGACGUGCAUUGGGCGUGUCUACAAGAAAGCCUUGUUUCGAGAAUACACCGAUGAGACCUUUACUGAGCGUUCGGCUCGACCCGAGUGGCUGGGCAUGCUGGGACCGAUUAUCAAAGCAGAAGUCGGCGAUAUGGUCAUAGUUCACUUCCGCAAUAUGGCUUCUCGACCAUACUCCAUCAACCCUGGGGGUCUAGGCUAUACUAAAUCUGCAGAAGGUGCUCUGUAUGACGAUGCCACGUCGGGCAACCAGAAAUCGGAUGAUACAGUUCAACCCAACACGACCUUCAUCUAUCGAUGGACGACCGGUAAAGCAGGUCCGAAGCAAGGACAGGCAGAGAACUGUAUCGGAUGGCAGUAUACCUCCCAUCGCUUCGCAACCCAAGAUCAGAAUGCAGGUCUCGUUGGAAUGACCAUCAUCUGCAGAAAAGGAUUCUUGGCUAGUACAAACAAUGAUAUCGUUCUCCUUUACGGCCACGUCGAUGAAAACCAGAGCUGGUACAUUGAAGAGAAUAUCGGGAAAUUUGCUCCAGAAGUUACACCAACAAUGAGAGCCUCCGAGGAAUUCAUUGGGAGUAAUAUCAUGAACACAGUCAACGGAUAUUCGUACGGUAAUCUACCCGGUCUCCAGGUUUGCCAAGGAGAACAGAUUAGAUGGUUUGUCUUCAACUUUGGAGGGGAGACUAAUAUUCAUAGCGUUUUCUUCAACGGAAAUCCAUUGGAACUUGAUGGAAAGAGAGCAGAUACCAUACCUCUCAUCCCUGGCCCCGUGAGUGUGGUCACCAUGGAAACAAUAAACCCUGGAACUUGGCUCGUGUCAUCCCUUUCGACAACUGAUGCGUUAAGUGGCGGCAGCGCUCUGUACACAGUGCGAUCAGACUGCGGAACCGCUGGGCCAUCCAACGGUGGUACUACGAAUGGGAAUUUGGUUGAGCACUUUAUCGCUAUCCAAGAAGUCAGUUGGGACUACGCGCCAGUAGUAAGUAAAUCGCCAACUGGUUCCGGACCUUCCUACAUAAAGGCCGCGUACGUUGGAUACACGGAUGCCACUUUUAGCCAGUUCAUAAGGCGUACUCAAGAGGAAGCGUACCUCGGCCUGAUAGGGCCUGUAAUUAGAGCGGAAGUUGGGGAUAACAUCCGGGUCACUCUCACAAAUGGCGCCAGCAGGCCAUACAACAUACAUCCGAAUAAUGUCAUGUAUACAAAAGCGAACGAGGGUUAUCCUUAUGUGGACGGUAUUCCUGCAUAUCAAGCGUCCGGUGAUUCUGUCGCCCCACAGGCAACAUACACCUAUAACUGGACCGUUCCAUCUUCCUACGGGCCUACUGCAAGUGAUCCAGACUGUAUCACUGGAAUCUACUAUUCUACUGUUGGGGGUGAUCGUGAUUUACACUCUGGGCUGGUGGGGCCACUCAUCGUCUGCAAACCCGGGAAAUUAAGCUCCAAUGGAACACAGGAGGGAAUUGACCAAGAGGUUAUAACUGUGAUUCUCUCCAUGAAUGAAGAAAGGAGCUGGUAUUGGUUCACUAAUCAAAAUGUCCGCUACAAUUCCGACUUUCCUGUCGAUGAAUUACGAACUAUCAACGGUUACGUAAGUGAUAACUUGCCGCUCCUUGGCCUAUGCUCCGGUGACCGUGUACGGUGGCAUGCCCCUUGCAUCGGGAACGAAGAAACAUAUAUGGGUCUCCAUAUUCCAUACCAGACGUUCGAGUAUCACGGCAGGCGAGCCAACACAAUCCCUGUACUUCCGGGCCAAACGGAAGAAGUUGAUUUCACAGUUGGAAGCCCGGGUACCUGGAUCAUCAAUGGAAAUGUGUACAACUACGACCUUGAGGUUAACUACACCGUCUCAGAGUGUUACAAGACUAUACAGGACUCUCAGCGAGCCAGGAAGAAGGAGAGGACAUUCUUCCUCGCCGCCGAGGAGGUUAUCUGGGACUUCGCACCUACUGAAUACGAUUACAUCACAAGACAGAACCUAUCCAAUCCUAACAGUGAAGGGUAUUAUUUCGUGGAAGAAGGCCCGACGUACAUCGGGAGGGAAUACAAGAAAGUCCGUUUCGUCGAGUACACCGACGACACCUUCACCACCCCGAAGAACCGCACCUACUGGGAGCAGCAUCUGGGCAUCUUAGGUCCGUUCAUCCGAGCCGAAGUGGACGAGACCGUCAAGAUUGUCUUCAAGAACAACGCAACGAGGCAAUUCUCCGUCAACGCGCAUAACCUUCCGGGCCAGGUCACAGAGUACAUGGGUCAGACCUUCAAUAAACCACUUCCGGUUCAGCCGGGUGAAACCGCUAUUUACAGAUGGACGAUGCUUGAGAAGGCCGGUCCUACUGACAGCCAGUCGAACUGCGUGGUCUGGCCAUACUACUCUAGCAUUGUGACAAAGAAAGACACCAACUCCGGCCUGAUCGCACCGCUCGUCGUCUGCCGCAACGGCGUCCUGAACGAUCAGGGACAGCGUACGGACGUCGCCCACGAUUUCGCUUUGCUCUACACCAUCUUCGACGAGAACGACAACUGGUAUUUGGAUGAUAAUAUCCGGAUGUUCACAAACCAACCGAACCAGGUCGACAAGGAGGCAGUGGACUUUGAGCACAGCAACGAUGCUUUCACAAUUAAUGGCUACAUCUUCGGGUAUCCUCUCAACAUCAGUAUGGCUGUUGGCGACAACAUCGCAUUUUACAUCAUCGUCGUAGGGGGCGGUGCAGAUGUUCAUUCAAUUAAUUUCCAUGGCCACACCGUAACGCAGAAGACAAGGGUGACGAAGAACCUGGACAGUGUGCCUACUUUGCCAGGUGAUUUUCUGACGGUGGAGAUGGAAGCUACAAAGCAAGGCACGUGGCUCCUCCACGACGCAGUACACAAGCAUUCCGAUUUUGGGACAGAGACUAGGUACACUGUCUACGCAAAGAAGUCUGAUAUUCCAUGCGGGCCCGAAUGCACAUCAGAGCGACCGCCAGCGGGAGCCGCAGGAAGAUUGGAAUCGACCAUCAUAUCUUUAGUUGUAGCAUUCGUCAUGGGCGCGAUCGUUUCAUUCCGAUAAAUUAGUUGAAACUUCAAAGAUGUUUCUCUUUCAAAAUCUGUUUUCCUGUUUAAUAUAUAAGACGUUAAUAUGGAGCUUCCGACACGGCGACGGUAUCCAAAAGGACGGUAGAAAAUGAGUUUGUAGUGUAGAUUUAGUCUAUGUCGUGACGUCACAUUCUUUUCGUCUUCUUGGCCUCCGUUCUUUUUUGAAAGCUCCUUGGUACGAUGUCAGUCAGAUAUUUCAUUUUUAUCGAAAUUAUUAUCUCUUUUUUGACGAAAUCAUGAAAGAGAAUCUUGUAUUAAAAACUUUAAGCAAAUAUUUGAUGAAUGCAGUUACGCAUUAACUUGUCUUCCAGGAGACCCAUUGUAAAUAAAUUAACCCAGUCAAACGACAUGCAUUUGUCAAUUACUGUAUUUCAUACUCACAUGUGUCUGAUUGACACACUGGCGUGUGUGCGCGCGUGACACACACACACACAACAUUGUGUCUAAUCCUAUACAAAUGAGUCUUAUGCCACAUAUUAAUAUUUCUUGUAAUGCAUGUAUGUGUGUCAUUUGUCGUUGAAAGUGUUGUUUUUGUUGUUGUUGUUGUUCUUGUUGUUGUUACGGGGAUUAGAUUAUUUACAAUGACUCCCCUUCAUUUUUACCAUUUACUAUUCUGUUUUUUAUCAUAUGUCCUUUCCGACCUGGGACCCGUUUCACAAAACUCGUAAUCAUAACACAUAAACAACAUCCGUUACAAGCUACGGAAAUCAUUCAAUCUGAUUGGCUGAUAGCAAACUUGUUACAAAAAUCGUGCAUUUGUUAUGGUUAACAAGUCUUUGUGAAACGGGACCCUUAUGGUCUAUAGUCACACCGACGAAAUCGAUUCCAGACCGAUCAAAUCUUUUGCCUUAUUUCCGAUGACGUGCCAUCGGUCAGCUUGGGUCGACUUCCUCGGUGUAACCAUACGAAGAAAAUCAAUUACAUUGUAUAUUGUAGGUUUAGAGAAUUUUCAACCUGCGCAUAGUUGAUCAAAAUAUUGAUCAGGGCCCCGUCAUACAAAGAGUUACGAUUGAUCCAAUCAAUCGUAACUCUAUGGAAAUCCACCAGUGUCAUAUUUUUUUCUACAGGAAAUUUGCCCAAUGUCCUUUGUAAACAAAUAAAGAGAAGCACAGUGACUUUUCAAGAAAACAAUGAAUGCAAUAUACAAACCAUAGAGAAUAUUUUGAACAAACAUGUAUCAUGUAGAUGUUGACAAUACUGGCCAUCCAUAGUUGUGAUUGAAUCAUUGAUCGGAUCGUAAGACGGGGCCCUGAUGGUGAUUCCGUGACCCAGUCUGACAACCAGUCGCAAUUGACCCAACCAAUCUCAACUUUGGAGAGUCACGCAGUUUUACACAGUGUGAUCACGGUGUGUUCACGUAGCGGACUGUGUGAAAAUAUUGUUCACACUGUUAAAAUGCUCAAAUCUAACAAUGUAAAGGGAAUUUCACACUGUGGCUAGCUCUGUAGUGUGGAUGUUCACAGUGUGUUGAUUGGCAUACUACUUAGAGACUAUGUGAAUUUUCACACUAUUGAAAUGUUCAAAUUUAACAGUGUGAAUGGGAUAUUACGUUGUGUUCCACACUGUGAACACACUGUGGAACCACUGUACAACACUGUGUUCUUUCCAGUAUGGAUAGACGCCAUUAUCUAGUUUGAAUACGUCAGUUCAAAGUUAUGCUAAUGUAAUGCACUGAUGCAUGCAUUAUACUUAUAGUUAUGAUAAAUCAUUGAGCUCCUCUUAUAUAGGCUGUUAAGUGACGAUGUAUCUAUUUCCUAUUCAAAUAAUUACGCCAUUGAUAGAUUUCCAAAGUUAAAUUUUAUCUGGUCAAUCACAACUCUUUGUAAGAUGGAGUCAGUAUAGAGACAUAGGCAAUAUUUUGGAAUGUAUAUAAAUGACUAUUUUAAGUUUUUAUACCGUUUAUUUAGAAAUGAAUGGAUUGAUGUUCCAAUCAAAAGAGACAUUCAUUUAGAUGAACUUUUUUCUAUCAUUAUAUUCCAGAACAGAAUGGCGAGAGAAAAUAACGUUGAUAAAAUUAUGGUUGUUUAUUUCCUAAAUGGUCCAUACGUCACCACAAUUUUGUGGUGACGUAUGGCAUCAAAAUUUAUAUAUUAUAUUAUCCGGUGAUAUAGACGUACAGUUAUUAUAUAUCUUUGAGUGAUUGAAUUUACAUUGCUGACUAGUAUGACUAUAUAUCCCUGUGUUUAUAGAGUAAAACACAAUUUAAAAAAGUAUAAGUUAUAUACAACCCGGUCUAUAUUAUACGCGUAUUGUUGCUUAUUGAGAGUUCAAACGAAUGUCUUUGAAAUCAAACAAUAAUUAAGUUCUGAACACUUAAAAUUCAAACAAUCACCACGUUGUAGAAAACGUUUCUUGUUAACUGUACAGUGUACGUAAUAAUAGAGUGCUAUCAAGUGACAUUACUUUUAAAGUGCAUGUUUAACAAAUAUUUAAAACAAUUAAAAAAGUGAAAUAUGGCAUCUAAUACUAUACAAUGUAUUACCAGAUAAAAAAGGAUAUAAAUAGUACAGAAAUCUCUUUCUUGCAAGUUUGAUUUGUAAGAAUCAAUGUUUAAUAUUUGAAUGUGUAAACGUUGACUGACAAUGCUGGUGAGUUUUUUUUAUAACAUAAUCAAAUUUAAUUCUCCAAAGAACGAAUUUUGUUUACGAUUUUCAAUAAAUGGAGUAUUUUCUGUUUGAUA